UUGUGGAGAGAUUUUCGGAGUGUUAAAACGACUGUUUGUAAAUUUGGCUGGUAGAUUCAUUUAUCGCGCUGAAGCCAAUUCUUGCCCUGAAAUAUUUUUGAGAAUUUCCACAACAACCCACCGUCGGCACAAUGGCGAAUCUACAAAGCAACACAGCUUUUGUGAUUAAGGCGUUGACUUUUAUUUUCUUGCUUUGUAGAAUUAAUCUAGUUUUUGGAGAGAUUCGGUAUUCUAUUCCAGAGGAAUUGGAAUAUGGUACCUUUGUUGGGAACAUCGCUGAAGAUUUAGGACUAAAUGUUCGGCAACUGUCAGUUCGAAAAUGUCGCCUUGUAUCUGUAGACGGAAGACAGCAUUUAGAAGUAAAUCUGGAAAAUGGCAUUUUGUUUGUUUAUGAAAGAAUGGACAGGGAACAGCUGUGGGCACAAAUCCCUAUAUGUAUUCUGAUUUUUCAAAUAAUAGUAGAAAAUCCUCUGGAAAUGUACCGCGGUGAAGUCGAGGUUAUUGAUAUUAAUGAUAACUCGCCCAUUUUUCCGGAGAGUGCCCUUCUUUUACAAAUAGCAGAAAACAUUGCGCCAGGCUCGCGUUUUCCGCUAGAGAGCGCGCUUGAUCCGGACGUGGGAACAAACGCAGUCACCACGUACAAACUCAGUCCGAAUGAGCACUUCAGAUUAAACGUGCAAACAAGGGAGGACAAGACUAAGCUGGCAGAGUUACUGUUAGAGAAACCCUUGGACCGAGAACAGCAGCCAACCUUUGAGCUGGUACUAGCAGCCUUUGAUGGUGGGUCCCCUCCAAGGUCUGGGACAAUGCAAAUCAACAUUAAUCUGCUCGACAUCAAUGAUAACGCGCCUGUGUUCGAGCAGGAAGUGUACUGGGCGAGCUUGGUGGAAAAUGCUCCCCCAAGUACCUUCGUGAUCAAGAUCAACAUUCUCGAUCCAGACCAAGGCGCCAAUGCAGAGUUAACAUAUUCUUUCAGUAAACUUGUCUCUCGGAGAGUGCGUCAACUGUUCAGUUUGGACCAAGAUACUGGCGAGGUCAGAGUUGAAAAACUGUUGGAUUUUGAAGAAGCAAACAGUUACGAACUCGACGUUCAAGCCGUGGAUAGUGGCUCACCAGCAAUCGCAGGACAUUCUAAAGUAUUGAUCAAACUAAUUGAUAUAAACGAUAACGCCCCUAAGAUAAAGCUAACUUCAUUGUCAGGUAAGGUCCCAGAAGAUGCAAAGCCCGGGACAGUGGUAGCUUUGAUCGAUGUAACGGAUCGCGAUUCUGGAGCAAAUGGACGAAUUCGCUGUCAGAUUCCUAAGGAAUUCCCAUUUGAACUUCUUUCUUCUUUGAAUGAUCAUUAUACACUGAUUACAAGUGGCUUGUUGGAUCGUGAAACUACCCCUGAAUAUAACAUACCUAUUUUAGCUUGGGAUUCGGGAUCUCCUCCAUUAUCAUCAAAUCAAACUAUUCAGAUCUCGAUUUCUGAUGUCAAUGAUAAUGGCCCAAGUUUUGCUCGGCGCACAUAUACAGAGUAUGUAAUGGAGAACAACGUCCCGGGUGCUUCAAUUUUCACAGUGACUGCAUCUGAUCGUGAUCUGGAUCAGAAUUCCUAUAUCUCUUAUUCCUUCAAACAAAUUCUUCAAGAAUCGCCAGUCUCCACAUACUUCAAUAUUAAUUCAGUGAACGGGACCAUUUAUGCGCUGCGGUCUUUUGACUACGAGAAAGUCAAAAACUUUCAGCUCCGAGUUCAAGCGCGUCAUGCUGGAGUUCCUCCGCUGAGCAGUAGCGUAACACUCAAUGUGAUUAUCCUGGAUCAAAAUGACAACGCCCCAGUCAUCGUUUCACCCUCAGCACAGAGCGGAUCAGCAGCGGAGGUGAUCGCGCCUCAGUCAGCGGGCCAGGGUUUCUUGGUUACAAAGAUGAUCACAAUAGACGCUGAUUCAGGUCAGAACGCACGGCUCUCCGACCAGAUCGUUCGAUCAACUGAUCCUACUUUCUUCACUGUCGCAAGCAAUUCAGGGGAGAUCAGAACAACGCGGAACGUUUUAGAACAGGAUGGCAGUACUCACAAUCUUGUCAUCUUGGUGCAAGAUAACGGGCAGCCCCGUCUCUCCGCCACGGCAACAAUCCUCUUGUCAAUCCAGGCCAAUGUUAGUGCAAAAGUCUCGGACACCGAUAAUUUAAUCAGUACCCCGAACUACUCCUCCAAUCUAAACCUUUAUUUGAUCGCUGCUUUCGGUUCAACUUCGCUUAUAUUUCUUGUAAUCAUUGUUUUAUUGGUUGUCCUAAAGUGCCACCAGGAGAGGGACGAUGUUCCAGACGGUUGGUCCCCGGUUUGUUGCUGCAGCCGAAAGGAUGCGAAAGAAACCUUUAGUCGGGCUUCUAUGCCAACAAACUCUUUAAACUACAGCGGAACUGGACAAAACAUUCCUUUCCCUGAAACCUACCAUUACACGGUUUGCUUGUCUCCGGAAUCAUCAAAGAGCGAUUUUUUGUUCCUGAAGCCCUGCAAUCCACUCGUGCCUCAAGGUCAUGAAAUCAUUCAGGUCCAGAUCAAAAAGGCCCGAUAUCCCAACGAGAGUUUGGUGGUCAAAAAUAACCUCUUAAACUUGGCUUUCGGAAAUAUUCGCUACUCCAUUCGCGAGGAAAUGGAACCUGGCUCUUUCGUUGGAAAUGUCGCAGAGGAUUUAGGAUUGGACAUUCGCAGGCUGUCAGCUCGACAAUUCCGGCUGGCGUCUGCUAGUAAAAGACAGUGCCUGGAGGUGAAUAUGGAGACGGGUAUUUUAUUUACUAAGGAAAGGAUAGAUCGAGAGGAACUGUGUGGACAGAUAUCAGUUUGUGUUCUUCCAUUUGAGAUUGUAGUAGAACAACCUUUGGAGAUGUACCGCGGUGAAGUGGAGGUUAUUGAUAUCAAUGAUAAUUCGCCCAGAUUCCGGGAGAAUACCAUCCUCUUACAAAUGGCGGAAUCCAUUGCUAUAGGCUCCCGAUUUCCGCUAGAGAGCGCUCUCGAUCCAGACAUGGGCAUAAAUACAGUCACGACUUAUAACCUGAGCCCAAAUGCACACUUCAGUCUACAAGCGGAGACUGCCGAAGACGGUGCUACAAUUGUCGAGCUGUUGUUGGGGAAACCGUUGGACCGCGAAAGCCAGUCAUCCUUUCAGCUGAUGCUGACAGCUACCGACGGAGGGAGUCCUCCCAGAUCCGGGACUGCUCGCAUUCUCAUUACGGUGCUGGACAGCAACGAUAACGCGCCGGUAUUCGAUCGCAAAAUUUACAGGGUCGACCUGAUAGAGAACGCACCCAGGGGUACCUUGGUGGCUACAGUCCGUGCCACUGAUCCAGACGAAGGUUCUAAUGCUGAGGUAACCUAUACUUUCAGUAACCGUGUUUUAAAGAAAGUACAUGAAUUGUUCAGUUUGGAUCCGCGAACAGGAGAGAUUAGAAUCAAUGGCAUAAUUGAUUAUGAAGAAGGCAACACGUAUUCGCUAGAUCUUCAAGCUGUGGACAAUGGUUCACCUGCAAUUUCAGGACAUUGCAAAGUCAUGAUUAAGGUAAUUGAUAUGAAUGACAAUGCCCCUGAAAUUUUAUUGACGUCUGUGGUUAGCAUAAUUCCAGAAAGUGCUACUCUUGGGACUGUAAUCGCUUUGAUCGACGUAAUAGAUCGUGAUAGUGGAAAAAAUGGACAGGUGCACUGUGAAGUCCCGAAGAAAGUUCCUUUUGAACUUCAAACAACUUCAAGUACCCAUUAUAAACUGAUAACCACUGCGUCACUGGAUCGCGAAGUUACUCCUGGAUAUAACCUAUCUAUUUUAGCCUGGGACUCAGGGAGGCCCCCACUAUCAUCAAAUAAAACCGUCCAGAUUUCUGUUUUUGACGAAAAUGAUAAUGCUCCAAUGUUUGCACGACGCACUUAUACAGUUUAUGUGACAGAGAAUAACUUGCCAGGUGCUUCUAUUUUCACAGUUACUGCGACCGACCCCGAUGUGGAUCAGAAUUCCUAUGUCUCUUAUUCUUUCAAAGAGAUCCUUCGAGAUUCGCCGGCGUCUACCUACCUUAAAAUUAAUUCGGUGAGCGGGACCAUUUACGCACUGCGAUCUUUUGACUAUGAGCAAGUGAAGAGCUUCCAGGUCCAAGUUCAAGCCCGUGAUGCUGGAAUUCCUCCACUGAGCAGCAGCGCAACAGUCAAUGUGAUUAUCCUGGAUCAAAAUGACAACGCACCAGUCAUCGUUUCACCCUCAGCACAGAGUGGAUCAGCAGCAGAGGUGAUUGUCCCUCAGUCAGCGGGACAAAAUUAUUUGGUCACCAAGAUAAUCGCAACUGAUGCCGAUUCUGGUCAGAACGCACGGCUAUUCUACCAGGUAGUGAGAGCCACUGACCCCAGAUUGUUCAACGUGGGGCUUAACACGGGCGAAAUCAGAACAGCCCGUGGCAUUCUGGAGCAAGAUGCAGCCACUCAAUCUCUGAUCAUCUUGUCCAGAACAAUGGCGAAUUUACAGAGCAAUGAGGCCUUAGCAAUCAAAACGCUCGUUUUGAUUUUUCUGAUAAGUACACCAGAUUUGAGUUUUGGACAAAUUCGUUAUUCGCUUCUUGAGGAACUGGAACCAGAUGCUUUAAUUGGGAAUGUCGCUCGAGACUUGGGAUUGAACACACGGCAACUGUCAGCUCGCAAAUUCCGAAUCGCCUCUGAUACUGGAAGCCAGUAUAUGAAGGUUAGUGCGGAUAAUGGGGAUUUAUCCAUUCGCGAAAGAAUCGACAGGGAACAUAUCUGUGGACCAGUCGUUAGAUGUAUUCUUCCUUUUGAAGUGGUAGUAGAAAAUCCUUUCGAGAUUUAUCGUGGUGAAGUGGAGAUUUUGGAUAUAAAUGAUAAUGCGCCCCGUUUCACGGAUAGCAGCAUUACCCUCCACAUGGCCGAAUCAAUUGCACCAGGGGCACGCUUCCCACUCGAGAGUGCGAAGGAUCCGGACGUUGGAAUAAAUACUGUCACUGCUUAUACAAUCAGUUCCAACCAGUAUUUCGGCCUAAAUGUGCAGACUAUGGAGGACGGCGUUAAAAUUGUCGAAUUACUGUUGAAGAAAGCUCUGGACCGCGAGCAGGAUCAGUCCUUUCAGCUCGUAUUGACUGCCAAUGAUGGUGGGACUCCUCCCAGGUCUGGUACCGUUCAGAUCCUCAUUACCGUUCUGGAUAGUAAUGAUAACUCACCAGUUUUUGAUCGUACAAUUUACAGGAGUAGCUUAGCAGAAAACUCACCUAGGGGAACCUUGGUGAUCAAGGUCAGCGCCAAUGAUUUGGACCAAGGCUCGAAUGCGGAAGUAACCUAUUCUUUCAGCAAACUUGCCUCUCCACGAGUGAGAGAAUUAUUCCGUUAACCCAAAACGGGCGAGAUCAAAGUGCAAGGAAAGGUCGAUUUUGAAGAAGCAAACAGUUAUUCACUUGAUGUACAAGCUGUGGACAACGGCUCACCCUCAAUUACCGGACAUUCCAAAGUCCUCAUUAAGGUCAUUGAUGUGAAUGACAACGCCCCUGAGAUAAAGGUAACACCAGUAUCCAUCACUCUCUCAGAGGAUGUUGCGCCAGGAACUUUGAUAUCAUUGAUCAAUGUAAUGGAUCAGGAUUCUGGUAAAAACGGGCGAGUAAACUGUCAGAUUUCAAAGCUCAUCCCGUUUAAGCUUCAAGAAUCUUCCAGUAACCAUUACAAACUCAUUACAAGCGGCUUGCUGGAUCGCGAAACAGUUUCCAAUUAUCACAUAUUAUUCUUAGCAAGAGAUUCUGGAUCUCCCCCACUAUCAACAAAUGUAACCAUCCGGAUUUCGGUUUCUGAUGUGAAUGAUAAUGUGCCACAAUUUACCCAGAUGUCGUACACGGUGUACGUGAUGGCAAACAAUGAGCCCGGUGCAUCGGUUUUCAAAGUCACUGCUCUGGAUGCAGACGUGGACGGGAAUUCAUUUGUUUCCUAUGACAUAAUGGAAACCAAGAUCCAAGAUCUACCAGCAUCUUCUUUGAUCAGUAUUGACUCAAAUAAUGGCGACGCUUACGCCCUGCGCUGUUUUGACUAUGAGCAAGUGAAGAGCUUUCAGAUCCGAGUUCAAGCCCGUGAUGCUGGAGUUCCUUCACUAAACAGCAGUACAACAAUCAAUGUGAUUAUCCUGGAUCAAAAUGAUAACGCUCCAGUCAUCGUUUCACCCUCACCCCAGAAUGGAUUAGCAGCGGAGGUGAUCGCGCCUCAGUCAGCGGGCCAGGGUUAUUUGGUUAAAGACGCUGAUUCAGGUCAGAACGCACGACUGCUUUAUCAAGUCCUAAACCCACUGUUCACUGUAGCGCCUAACUCUGGAGAAAUCAGAACAGCCCGAAAUAUUUUGGGGCAAGACGCCUCCAGGCAACGGUUAGUGGUCUCGGUGAAGGACAAUGGGCAGCCAAGUCUCUCCAGCACUGUUACAAUCAUCCUUUCAAUCUUGGCUAAUGUUACAGAACAAUUCUCUGAAAGUAAAAGCUUUGCUAGAAAUCCUGAAGAUAUAUCCGAUUUAAAUCUCUAUUUAAUCGUGGCUUUAGGUUCGACUACGUUAAUAUUUCUUGUGACUAUAAUUUUCCUAGUUGGAAUCAAAUGUAAACAGGAUAGAAAUAUCAAUGAAGAUUACAAAUCCGCAGUAUGCUGCUGCACACGGGACGAUUUAGAUUAUUCGUGUAAUGAGCGAACUGGACCAACAGAUCCUUUAAAUUCUCCUGGUGUUGGCGAAUUUGGUCCCAACGCUGACCCGUAUCGUUAUGCGGUUUGUUUGUCUCCACAAUCUUCUAAGACUGAUUUUUUGUACUUGAAGCCUUUUAUUUCAACUUUGCCAGAGUAGCGGCGUUAGGUAAUGUUAUUGUAACAGGUAAAGAAAAAGGCAGAAUAACUUAGUUCUGCGGCCCACAUAUAUUUGUCUAGUUCCAUGGGAAAUUGCACGGGAAUAUAAAGUUUCACUGUAAUUCAAAUUUAUGAAUGUUAACAUAAACAAUGCCAUUCGUAUUAAAAAAUGAUAAUAAUAAAAAUCAACAAAUGAACAAAAAUACGUCAAUAGUGAAGCACUUUGGCGUCAACUGUCGCUCUUCUAACCAUUAGUUGCCAUUUAUUGUAGAAACCAAUGUAUUUAUGCAAUAUUUUCUUCGUUAGAAUAAUACUUCGAAAAAUUAGUGCAACACUUUAGCAAGAUUUUAAUAGAAAAUAUGACAUUCUUGUACACGCUAGCUUAAUGCGCGAGAUUUAUUCACCGUUUAGGAAUUUGGACUUCGAAAUAAUUCUGAACAUUUACGGACACAAAGGGGACAGUAUUUGUGAUUUUGGAAUUAUGAUCCGGGGCCUUUAAUAAUGCUCCAGAGGCAGGACUUCAAAUUUCACCUCCACAGCAGCGCAUUUUAAAAUCAGGUCGUUAAAUUGUGAGGAAAAUGCGACAUUUUUGUGCCAGAUCCCUGGUUCACUAUUGUAGGAAAGGAGUAUCGCCUGCUCAGUAAUGCAUUCCAUGGCUAUCCAAAUCUGGUUGACUCACUUGAGAUUGUUAACUUUUCAGUUCAUUAUGACUGCUUCAAAAGAUUCUAUUAAGUAUGAGAUUGGACAGACCAUUCAGGACAGACGCAAGUCCCCUACAAG